AGGUGUGUAGUGCAUGAUCAUCAGCAUUCCGACCCAAUUGCGCUAUAGAAGCUGCUAAACAGCAUUAUUUUACGAUUCCGUGGCAAAAACAUGUUUAACAACGGUUCUAAUGCUGCCGAUGGGGACCCGUGGCAGCAGCUCUCUGGAAGAGCGUCGCGCUUGCGCGUGCCUAGGCAGGGACCUUUAACGAGAGAUGGACCUUUAGGGCGCUACCGACCUGCUCCAGAGGUCAUUGAGCAUAUGCUGGAUGACUUGGAAGACCGUAUGCGCAAUUACUUCGUUUUGUACAACAGAGAGCGUGAGAUGCGCAAGGAGGUAGAGGGUACUGCAUAUCGUUUAGAAAAGGAGCUUUUAUCCGAGCGCAAUAAGGUUGCUGAGUCUCAAUCUGUGAUCAACCAAUUGGAAACUAAAAUCAAGGCAUUGAUCGGUCAGCCGCUUAAGAUUCGUGAAACUAUAGAGAAGAUAGAGGUGCUUUACAACCAGAUGGAUACAUUGGUACAGGCUUUUGUAGGCAUUGGUAGUUGUGCCACUUUACAAAGCCAAAAUCGCACGGUGUUUUUACGUUUAUUUUUGGAGUAUUUGUACCCAUGUCGUGAUUUGGAUGUGCGUUUAAAUACCUUGUACACUGCCAUGUACGCUUCUCUUUCAUCUACUGGUGCAAUAACAGAGCAGAUACCGCUACCACUACCAGAACCCGUAGCUCCAGUGCAACCUCCGACCAGUGUUCCGUCAUUGCCAUUGCGAGGUCUCAAUAUCAUGGUACACCAGUUAAUGCUAAAGAUGGAGGGAUCGAUUCAGGAACCUGGAUGGUACUCUUGCGUAUUCCGUUAUGACCACGAGGGGGAGGGAUCAAUGGACACAAACCCUUCGCGUGUACUGAAAGUCACGGCGCGGCCUCUUGAUAGUGCUUCUGGAAUCAUCGAGUUCAACGAUUGCGUGGAGGUGCAUCAGUUACCGCCUCGGGUUCCCAACGUGAUACCAAAACUCAUAUGGGAUGUUUACGCUGGUAAGGACUUGGUUGGAAGUGCUAGCGUUUCCAUUGUUGAUCCCAAGACGCUGAAUCAUCGGGACCCUUGGAACAUUGUUGACGCUCAAGGUAAACACCGUGGUGAUUUGAUUGUUACUGUGAGGGCUAUCCCAGAAGGUUCUAAGUUACCUGCUGUUGGAUUCGCACGUAGAAACGAUGAGUUACAGACUAGCAGUGCGACUCCCAAGGACAGCGAUAAGGAUUCGAAAUUCGUGCCUACAGUACCUGACGCUAAGGCUACGCCUACAGCUUCUGGGACUUCGGCAACGUCACAGGCCACGGAGCGUGCAACAAAAACACCCGUGGUUGGAAAAGGUCCGCCAAGGUUUAUUCCUCCGCCUGCGUCCACACCACCCAAGGGAACGCCUGAUGAGCCAUUCCAGCCAAAACAAAAGGCUGCAUUCCGCAAACCGUUAUUCCUCAAGUCCAAGGCUAUGGCCAAACCUGUGCCUCCAGGCUCGGAUGAGAAGGCAGGGGCAUCUACUAGUGACCCUCCAUCUGCUGAUCCCAAGCCUAAUGAAGCGCAAGCUAAACCCAGCCCGCCAGCCAAGGCUCCUGCUACUAGUUCUCCAGUUCCAAGUGGCCAGCCUAAGGCUCAAUCCCCUACUGUAGAGGCCAAAAAGGCAUCUAUCAUACCACCUAAGCUUACGUUGCCUAAAGAAGCAUCCCCAAAGAUGCCCCUAAAGGCUCCCGUUAUAACAAAAUCUGAAGCUGUUCCUGCUGCGAAGAUUCCUCCCAAGGCAGUGCCAAAGGUUGCUUCUGCGGAACCUAAAGCUACGCUGAAAUCGCCUACACCUGCCGAGCCUUCUGUUACAAAGUCACUCCCCGUUGUUACUAAAGCUCCUUCGAAGGCUGGUAUUGCACCCAAAACAACAUCGCCAGUUCCAACCGCCAAGGAAGGAAUAGUGGCGAAGGGUGUUGAUACACCUGCUUCCACAGGAUCUGGAGUAACACCCAAAGUAGCUCCCAAGGUUGCAGGUUCAGCAGGCGCGAAGGCACCAGGGAUAUUACCGAAGUCAUCACCGCCUGAAGCAGGCGAAAUUACGCCCAAGAGUCAAAUGAUUGUACCAAAAACAAAGGUUUUGGGUUUAGCGCCCAAAGUUGCUAUGCCUCCCGUCGCUGCCAAGACACCCCCAUCUUCAACAGGUUCUGCUACUCCUACUGCCACCGAGGAGAAGAAACCACUAUUACCUAUUGUCGUGAAGCCAAAGCUGCUGUUGAAGAAGCCGCUAAUGCCUAAGAAGGCUUGAUGCGUGUAGCUUCUUCAGGG